AGGUGGCAAAGACAUGCAGGACGGCUACGCGGCCACAUGUACCGUGUGACUGUACGACUGUACAUCGUAACAUGCAAGGUUGAAGGUUGAAGGACACAAAGAACUGUCCAAUAGCAUUCUUGCAUUCUUGGUGCUUGCGUAAAAAGAAAAAUCGGCCCCAACGCAUACGUCAGCGUUGAACCACGGCCGCCUGCUCACCACGCGGCACUCACCUCGGAAACAUUUCUUUGUGUCUUUCUCGUCUCUCUUUCGUCAUUGUAUCAUUGACCAAACCUUCUCUUACCACAACACCAAUAGUCGGCAAUGUCCCUUCCACAGUACGGCAGCACCCACGAUGAUCCCUAUGACGAUGAGGAGCUUGCAAGAAAGGGCAAAGAUCAAGGGACCACAGCAACGGAAACAUCUGACAGUGACUCUGAUACUCCUCCCUCCAACGAGUAUGUUUUGAAUGUGGCGUUUGCUUCCUUUGUAGGCUUCACAUGUGUUCAAGCCGCAUUUGCCCUGAUUGCUAACAGCCAAUCCAUGUUGACAGAUAGUGCGGCCAUGGGCGUGGAUGCCCUGACCUAUCUGUUCAGCAUGUGGGCGGAGCGCAUCAAGAAUCGAUCUCCCACAGCCGAAGAGCUGCAGUUGCCACUAGCUGUACGAGAACAUCGCAUUGAAAUGAAGCGACUAUACCUCGAGUUGAUCCCUCCUCUGAUCAGUGUCAGUACAAUGAGUCUGGUGACUGUAUUGGCUGUGAUAAUGGCCUGGGAAACCCUCCAAGCUGACGCACAGCCUAUUGUCAACGCUGGCCUUAUGCUCUGCUUCUCGGUGAUGAACUUGCUGUUGGAUUUGGUCAAUGUCAUCUGCUUCGCAAGACACUGUCCUUAUGACGCCCACGAACAAUCAUCACAUCCCAAUCAUUGCCCCGAGCAAUAUCCGUGUCCUGACGAACAACAAGAGCUAUUGAAUCAACAAGAACAAUCCACCUUCAACAAGAACUCAACGAUUUCCUCGGUUCACUGCUCGCCUGCGCAGCAUAUUUGCAUUGACACACUGCGAAGCAUAGCUGUCUUGGUUGCUGCAGCCAUUGCAUAUUCAGUUGAUACCGUCUCACCUGCCGUAGCAGAUUCCUGUGCUGCUAUUGUUGUUUCCAUUACUACCAUGAUUUCCUUGAUUCCUCUCAUCCGAGGGCUCUUUGAGACGGCACAGCAGAUUGUCAUUGAGGCAAAGAACAAACCAGCCUUCAUCUUGGAGACACAGGGUGGUACCCAAUACCAUCUGUAAGCACAAGCUCGGGGAUGCAGACUUACUUGCUUCCGUUGUGCAGGCGAGCUGGCGCUGGUACCGAUGACUAUCCCAGCACAAGCUUCACCCAUCCACCAUCAUCAUAGAGCACUAUGUGUCCAGCUUCAAUCGGCCAACACUUGGUUGACAUCAGCAAGGAUGACAAAGACUUUGAGAUGGAACCCGUCCGGGCUCUGGUUUUGUGUAAUGUGGGUUCGAUCCUACUUUCUGCCAAGGAGCAGGCUGAACCAGCUGCUUUUUUGAAUAGGAGAGGCGGCGCUCAAACGGGCAGCCUACAAGCCAGCCAGAAGACAGAUGACUGUGCACUGACUUUCACUGGACUCAUCACAUUAUCUACAAAGAAUGGUGGAAACUCUGGGACACCAAGUCACUACACUACAGCCCUGGAAACAGGUAGUGACGGUGGGAUAUUUGACUCCCUUCCAUACCUCAUAUCAUCCUUUCCCUUCCCUCCUACCCUCUCGAGCCUCCAUUACAACUCCCACUCUCUUCAGGAUGAGCAAAUGACCUGUGGCACGGCAACAACACCUGAGACCUCAGUGUACAAACCAUUAGAUAGCUAAAGGUGUCACACCCUCUUAGGAGGGCCGGUGAGCAGACUUGAAUGUGAGAAACACCUGGGCCUUGGCUCAUGGGUCGUCCUCAAUCACUUCUUGUCUGAAUCCGUUAUUAAAUUUUUUUUUUUUAAAGCGCAC